AAAAGUGCUUAGCAGCAGUGUAAACAAAAGCCAUGAAUGUAGUUAUUCACUGAACUCACACAGUUCUCAGAUGUCAUUUGAUUCAUGAUGAACGCAAGGACAGAUAUACUGGUGGCAGAUGUUGAUGGCUCCAGGCUGUGUUCCAGUAUUUGUAAGAUUGAUAAUAACCUUCAUGCUGGGACUCUAUUGUGAAAGAAGUAAAAUGGACUAGUAAGUUUAUUCUUUUCAAGAGGACACGGUGACACAAAAUAUUAGCUGUCAUUUUAAAAAGGACGAAGAGAUUUUCCAGGAGGAGGAGAGAAGAGAAAAUGUUGGAGCAAGUUCAGAGACGAAAGUUCUGGUUAUGGUUCAUUCAGAUCACGAGCAGGAGCAGAAAACACCAGAGACUCCAAAGACUUACCCAUCUACUUUAGAGAUAGAUUAAGUAAUAACAGCAGGGAAAUACAUCAACACUUUAGACGCUUGGGACUAAAGUCUGACACAAAACACUGAUUGUUAUAUUGUGUGCGCACAAAAGGCAUAGAUAAAGGCAACUUUCAGACAAAGAAACACAAAACUGAUAAAUGCAAAUGUAGAACAUGACAGAAUGGAAGCAUAAGAUGUAAAACAUGGACUCUGGAGUGUACACAUUCAAUGCACCAUCAACAGUGUCAUUCAUAUCAUUCUCAUGAGUGUAUGUCCUUGCAAGAGUAAGUAUCUCUCUUAAAAUAUCUGGAAAUGCUUUGGUAUCAAAAUAUACUGUAGGCCCAUUAACACUGUACAGUAAGAGACUAUUUGAAAACCUUAGUUAACAUGAACUCAAAAUAAAGUCUACAGCAUUUAUUAAUAAGGCAGGUCCAUGAAAAUGUCUACUUGGACUACUGCUCUUAUAUUUCUACAUACAUAUUUGAAGUUGUUUGCAACUUUGUUUUGCAUAACUUUAUUUAGUUUAUGCUCUUUUUUUGUUUCCUCAGAAUUUAAUCUCUGUGUUUUUCCCUGUCACAUGGUCACAUGGUUCUAAACUUGAGUUUCCAGUUGUGCUGACAAUCUUUCCAGUAAACAACUUUAGAAUCUUGACGCCUCAUGUGCUCUGACGCAUUUUGAUGAACUGAAAGUAAAAACUGCAAAAUCUAUUAUUACUCUAAAACUUAAUUUUUAGAGUAAUAAUACUCUAAAAAUUAAUGUGUUUUUGUUUUCUAUGUUUAACUAAUGAUGGACUUGUUUGUGUAGUAAAAGAAACUAAGAGGAUUGUGUGUUCGAUAUUCAGUCAAAAAUAUUCACAAAUCAAACAAGCUACAAAGUGGUUUUAGUUACAUGUUGAAUUGCUUAUUGAUUUACACAGUGUUAAAGUACUGUCUUAUUUGAUACAAGUGACUUAAGUUAUUAUUUUUGUAUAGGAGUGUACACAUUCAAUGCACCAUCAACAGUGUCAUUCAUAUCAUUCUCAUGAGUGUAUGUCCUUGCAAGAGUAAGUAUCUCUCUUAAAAUAUCUGGAAAUGCUUUGGUAUCAAAAUAUACUGUAGGCCCAUUAACACUGUACAGUAAGAGACUAUUUGAAAACCUUAGUUAACAUGAACUCAAAAUAAAGUCUACAGCAUUUAUUAAUAAGGCAGGUCCAUGAAAAUGUCUACUUGGACUACUGCUCUUAUAUUUCUACAUACAUAUUUGAAGUUGUUUGCAACUUUGUUUUGCAUAACUUUAUUUAGUUUAUGCUCUUUUUUUGUUUCCUCAGAAUUUAAUCUCUGUGUUUUUCCCUGUCACAUGGUCACAUGGUUCUAAACUUGAGUUUCCAGUUGUGCUGACAAUCUUUCCAGUAAACAACUUUAGAAUCUUGACGCCUCAUGUGCUCUGACGCAUUUUGAUGAACUGAAAGUAAAAACUGCAAAAUCUAUUAUUACUCUAAAACUUCAAACAAGACAAGACAGAAAUGGACUCAGAUGGUGACACUGAGGAGCUCUCAGAGUUGAGGAUUGUGUUAAUGGGGUGUAAAGGAGAUGGAAAGAGUUCAUCAGGAAACAUCAUCCUGAACAGAGAAGAGUUUGACCUGAAGACAACUGCUCAGUGUGUGAAGAGACAGAGAGAAGUAGCAGACAGACACAUCACUGUCAUAGAAGCUCCAGGAUGGUGGAGUACUGUACCUGUUGAUCAGUGCUCUGAGUUACUGAAACAAGAGAUUUUACUCAGUGUGUCUCUGUGUCCUCCAGGACCUCAUGUUGUUCUACUGGUUAUGCUUGUGGACAAUAGAUUUAAAGAUGCUGAGAGAAAAGUAUUUCAGGGGUAUGUGGAUCUUCUCGGUGAGAGAGUCUGGAGUCACACUAUAGUGCUCUUCACUCAUGGAGACUUUCUAGGAGACACAUCUAUAGAGCAACACAUUGAGAGUGAAGGAGAGGAUCUCCAGUGGCUGGUGGAGAAAUGUGGGAACAGAUAUCAUGUUCUCAACAAUAAGAACAGAAGUGAUGACACUCAGAUCAAAGAUCUGCUGGAGAAGAUACAAGAGACAGUGAAACAAAACAACGGCUGCCAUUUUGAAAUAGACAGAAAGAUUUUACAGGAGCUGGAGAAGAAAAGAAGAGCAGAGGAAGAGAGAGCAGAAGAACGAGUGAAGAGGAUGAAGAAACAGAGAGAGAUGAUCAGAUCACAGAUGAGUGAGAAGCUCUCAGAUUUGAGGAUUUUGUUAAUGGGGUCUAGAGGAGCUGGAAAGAGUUCAUCAGGAAACAUCAUCCUGAACAGAGAAGAGUUUGACCUGAAGACAACUGAUCAGUGUGUGAAGAGACAGAGAGAAGUAGCAGACAGACGCAUCACUGUCAUAGAAGCUCCAGGAUGGUGGAUUGAUGAACCUGUAGAUCAGAGCUCAGAGUUACUGAAACAAGAGAUUUUACUCAGUGUGUCUCUGUGUCCUCCAGGACCUCAUGUUGUUCUACUGGUUAUACGUGCAGACAUUAUAUUUAAAGAGGAUGAGAGAAAAGUAUUUCAGGGGUAUGUGGAUCUUCUCAGUGAGAGAGUCUGGAGUCACACUAUAGUACUUUUCACUCAUGGAGAAUUUCUAGGAGACACAUCUAUAGAGCAACACAUUGAGAGUGAAGGAGAGGAUCUCCAGUGGCUGGUGGAGAAAUGUGGGAACAGAUAUCAUGUUCUCAACAAUAAGAACAGAAGUGAUGACACUCAGAUCAAAGAUCUGCUGGAGAAGAUAGAAGAGACAGUGACACAAAACAACGGCUGCCAUUUUGAAAUAGACAGAAAGAUUUUACAGGAGCUGGAGGAGAGAAGAAGAGCAGAGGAAGAGAGAGCAGAAGAACGAGUGAGGAGGAUGAAGGAACAGAGAGAGAUGAUCAGAUCACAGAUGAGUGAGGAGCUCUCAGAGUUGAGGAUUGUGUUAAUGGGGUCUAGAGGAGCUGGAAAGAGUUCAGCAGGAAACAUCAUCCUGAACACAGAAGAGUUUGACUUGAAGAGAACUGCUCAGUGUGUGAAGAGACAGAGAGAAGUAGCAGACAGACACAUCACUGUCAUAGAAGCUCCAGGAUGGUGGAUUAAUGUUCCUGUAAAAAAGAGCUCUGAGUUACUGAAACAAGAGAUUUUACUCAGUGUGUCUCUGUGUCCUCCAGGACCUCAUGUUGUUCUACUGGUUAUACAUGUUGACAGUAAAUUUCAAGAGGACAAGAGGAAAGUAUUUCAGGGGUAUGUGGAUCUUCUCAGUGAGAGAGUCUGGAGUCACACUAUAGUGCUCUUCACUCAUGGAGACUUUCUAGGAGACACAUCUAUAGAGCAACACAUUGAGAGUGAAGGAGAGGAUCUCCAGUGGCUGGUGGAGAAAUGUGGGAACAGAUAUCAUGUUCUCAACAAUAAGAACAGAAGUGAUGACACUCAGAUCAAAGAUCUGCUGGAGAAGAUACAAGAGACAGUCACACAAAACAACGGCUGCCAUUUUGAAAUAGACAGAAAGAUUUUACAGGAGCUGGAGGAGAAAAGAAGAGCAGAGGAAGAGAGAGCAGAAGAACGAGUGAAGAGGAUGAAGAAACAGAGAGAGAUGAUCAGAUCACAGAUGAGUGAGGAGCUCUCAGAGUUGAGGAUUGUGUUAAUGGGGGGCAAGGGAGGUGGGAAGAGUUCAGCAGGAAACAUCAUCCUGAACAUAGAAGAGUUUGACCUGAAGACAACUGCUCAGUGUGUGAAGAGACAGAGAGAAGUAGCAGACAGACGCAUCACUGUCAUAGAAGCUCCAGGAUGGUGGAAGAAUGUUCCUGUAGAUCAGAGCUCAGAGCUAAUGAAACAAGAGAUUUUACUCAGUGUGUCUCUGUGUCCUCCAGGACCUCAUGUUGUUCUACUGGUUGUAUCUGCGGACAUUAAACAUGCAGAUACUGAUAGAAAAGUAUUUCAGGGGUAUGUGGAUCUUCUCGGUGAGAGAGUCUGGAGUCACACUAUAGUGCUCUUCACUCAUGGAGACUUUCUAGGAGACACAUCUAUAGAGCAACACAUUGAGAGUGAAGGAGAGGAUCUCCAGUGGCUGGUGGAGAAAUGUGGGAACAGAUAUCAUGUUCUCAACAAUAAGAACAGAAUUGAUGACACUCAGAUCAAAGAUCUGCUGGAGAAGAUAGAAGAGACAGUGACACAAAACAACGGCUGCCAUUUUGAAAUAGACAGAAAGAUUUUACAGGAGCUGGAGGAGAAAAGAAGAGCAGAGGAAGAGAGAGCAGAAGAACGAGUGAAGAGGAUGAAGAAACAGAGAGAGAUGAUCAGAUCACAGAUGAGUGAGAAGCUCUCAGAUUUGAGGAUUGUGUUAAUGGGGUGUAGAAGAGAUGGAAAGAGUUCAUCAGGAAACAUUAUCCUGAACAGAGAAGAGUUUGACCUGAAGAGAACUGAUCAGUGUGUGAAGAGACAGAGAGAAGUAGCAGACAGACACAUCACUGUCAUAGAAGCUCCAGGAUGGUGGAUUGAUGAACCUGUAGAAGAGAGCCCUGAGUUACUGAAACAAGAGAUUUUACUCAGUGUGUCUCUGUGUCCUCCAGGACCUCAUGUUGUUCUACUGGUUAUACGUGUGGACUAUAGAUUUAAAGAAAAUGAGAGAAAAGUAUUUCAGGGGUAUGUGGAUCUUCUCAGUGAGAGAGUCUGGAGUCACACUAUAGUGCUCUUCACUCAUGGAGACUUUCUAGGAGACACAUCUAUAGAGCAACACAUUGAGAGUGAAGGAGAGGAUCUCCAGUGGCUGGUGGAGAAAUGUGGGAACAGAUAUCAUGUUCUCAACAAUAUGAACAGAAGUGAUGACACUCAGAUCAAAGAUCUGCUGGAGAAGGUAGAAGAGACAGUCACACAAAACAACGGCUGCCAUUUUGAACUUUUACAGAAGGUGAAGGAGAAGAGAAGAGCAGAGGAAGUGAGUGAGGAUGAGGCGUCUGAUACAGUCUCUUUAGAAAGUUUUGAUAAUGAUUCUUUCAGAUCAGUAAGUGGAGAAAACAUAUCUGACACAGUCUCUCUGAGAAGUUCUGGUUAUGGUUCAUUCAGAUCUCAAUUAGACAACAGCUCAAUUUGUGCAUCAUCACACUCUAUAGACAGACCUACCAACUUUGGAAAUGGAUCAACAUAUAACAGGGUUAUAGGACAACCAUUUGUGAGUGAGGAUAAGAUGUCUGAUGAUGCCUCUCUGAGAAGUUCUGUUUCUGGGUCAUUCAGAUCUCGAUCAGAUGCAGACAUGUUUGCAUCAUCACGCUCUACAGACAAACCUAUCAGGUUUAAAAGCCGAUCUGUAAACCCCACUUCUGAGUCUCUGGAACAUUCAGGAAAGGAAGCUCAGAGAACUGAUCCAUGAUCUCACAAUUAUUAAGAAGAGCCGAGCAGAAUCAUUGAUCUGUAAAAAUACUGGCAAUGUGACAUUAGUCAUCAAUUAAGUAUACGACUUGUACAUAUUGUAAAAAGAAAUCGAGUGUAACGUAACACUUUAUUUUACCGUGCCUUUGUUACACAUUACAUGUAUUGACUAUACAUUUUACAUAAUUACUUUCAGCCAACCUCACAGUAAGAACAUGUAGUUCAUUAUUAUUACUCAGUACUUAAAUAUAUACAAAGUAUUACAUUAUAACAUGAGACACUUUAAAUAAAGUAUAAACUUGGUGUGAAUUGCAUUAUUAUAUUCACAUGAUAAAAUAUGAUUGAAUUAUGAAAUGUGAAAAAAUGCGAAUUACUGUACAAAAUAUCAAAAUUCAGUGUCAAGUGUCCAUAUAACAAGUGAUAAUGACAUUGAUUACAGAAAUUUCUUAUAAUGUUACAAGUUGUACAAUAUGCAGUUAUUAUCAUGUCUCUGUAAGUGGGGCUGGAGCAUAUACACUCAUGAUGUCAUAAAAAAUAAAGUCCUCUCUAAGGUUCAAGUGUCUAGGGGAAAGACAAGAACUAUUGAAAUCUCAAUCAGUGUUAUUGUUUGUGUAUGGACACUUGAGGUGUUUGGUUCUUUAGGAAUGAAGCCAUUAAAGCAUAGUUUUGAAAAAUGUUGCCAUACUAAUGUUUAACGACAUAAAAUCAUGUCUGAUUAUACAAUGUUUACAGCCUUGUUUAAUCUUUGAGCUUUAAUUUAAUAUUUUAUCAAGCAAGGAAAUGCAUAAGUUGAAAUUUACCAGACUAUAAUUUUGAUCAUGUUUUCUUUUAUUUUUAUUGUUCAUUUUUUUAACUUAUUAACCAGAUCAAUGGACUUUCUAAACUGUUGUUUCAAAUCUGUAACAAUCAGCUGACUGUCAAAUUCCACACUCCAUUUUAUAUGAUAUAAUAAAAUACUGUACACUUGA